AUGGCUGGUUCGGACUGGUUCCACCCCUCCCUCUCGAAAGGUGAGACGGAGAAAGUGUUCACUUCAAGUUCAGCGAUGCAGGACGGCGCCUUUCUGGUUCGUCGCUCUUCCCAAUCUGAUCGCAAGUUCGUUCUCGUUCUCUACUACCAACGUCAGACUUUAAAAUAUCAAAUUGAAGUUGUCGAUUUCUCCUUCCAUUUGGACACUAAGGAGGCUUACUUCAUCGAUAAAGGUCCAUUCCACCUCUCGUUGGAGCACUUCAUCGAGCACUACAGUCGUUUCGCCGACGGUAUCCCCACUCGGUUGCGCUUUGCGGUCUCUCCCACCGGUCGAUUUUUGAAUAUGGAGCGUCUUCUCUCCUCUAGCGUUUCCUCCUCUGCCAAUCCCUCUAAUCCAUCUUCCUCCUCCACCUCUUCUUCUGGUGGACGUGAACUUGUCAAAGUGGGUGAUCCCCACCGGAACUCUGGUGAGGCUUGGGCUCUCGCCUCGGUCUUGGCUGGUGGUCAUCGGGGAGCCCCGUUGGUUGUUCAGGGUCACGCGUUUGUGUCAGGACGGCCAAAAUCACAAUCUGCCAGCAAGCGAAACAGCAGUUCGAGUUCUGGUCUCUCGAGUAGUGGUACGGCGAUGGUCGCUUCUGGUGGAGGUGGCGUUUUGCAAUCAGUUCCUUCUUCUGUACUAGGCACGGCUGGCGGUGGAACGGAACUCCGGCUUAUCCCCAGUGAUGCUGUCAUUCUCCUCUGUCGUCUUGGGGAGGGAGAAUUCGGUGAAGUCUAUUGCGGCAAACUGCAUCUCGAAAAUGGUGUCACUCAUGAUGUUGCAGUUAAGGUCUUAGUACAACCGUGCCAACGGCUAGACUUCCUCAAGGAGGCAAGCAUAAUGAUGCGGCUUUCCCAUGAGAAUAUCGUUACCAUCUAUGGAGUUUGUGAGAACAAGCGACUCAUGAUGAUCCUCGAGCUUGCGGAACUCGGCUCGCUUCUAGAUUUUAUGCUAGACUAUCCCGAACGCUGCCAACUUCCCGAACUUUACAAUUGGGCCAUGCAGCAGAAUGUGGACAUCUUGUUAGUAUUUCCUGCCGCUUAUUAUCUAUAG